GCCCCUCCACGGCUCCCCUUGUUCCAUUUCUCUUGUUCGGUCUCGUCUCGUCUCCUCCCGCGACUCGCUCGCUCCCGCAUCGCUAUAUCCUUCUCGAAGCUUCGGUAGGGUUACGGUUCGACCUCCGCAGGGCACGGCGAUGGCUGCGGCACCGGCGGGGGAAGAGAGGUGAGGCGAGGCGUGUGGUUGAUUGUAGGAGGAGGAGGAGGCGCGGAUGGACCCGGACUUCUCGCGGGCCAGCGGCGGUCCGAGCUUCGAGUUCGCCUUCAACUCGGUCAACUUCUCCGACCGGGUGCUGCGGAUCGAGAUCGUCGCCGGGGACGACGCCCCGGGGGCCAAGGGCGCCGCCGGCGAGGGCUGCUCCUCGCUCGCCGACUGGGCGCGCCACCGCAAGCGCCGGCGGGAGGAGCUCCUCCGCGGGAAAGAAUCUGGAAAGUACAUGUCAGACUCAGUAAACUGCAAAGUUGAAGCAGAAGAAUGUGAUACCUAUGAGGAAGGCAAUGAGGAGCCUGUAGCUAUGAUAGAAGAAGAAUUUCCACCUGAUAUUGGGCAAGAUGGUGAGGAUGGAGAAAGCAGCGACUCAUCCUGGAGUAUGGAGUGUACUCAGGUUUUGAGAGUAAAGUCUAUUUAUAUCAGUUCUGCAAUUCUUGCUGCAAAAAGCCCUUUCUUUUACAAGCUUUUCUCAAAUGGCAUGAAAGAAUCUGAUCAGAGGCAUGCGACUCUUAGAAUAACUGCUUCAGAGGAAAAUGCCCUCAUGGAGCUUUUAAGCUUUAUGUAUAGUGGAAAGUUAACGACGAAUCAGCCAACCCUUCUUCUGGAUAUCUUGAUGAUUGCUGACAAGUUUGAGGUCGUUUCGUGUAUGAGGCACUGCAGUCAAUUGCUUAGAAGCUUGCCUAUGACCACAGAGUCUGCACUGCUCUAUCUAGAUCUCCCCUCCAGCAUCUCAAUGGCUACCGCUGUUCAGCCACUGACUGAUGCUGCCAAGGAAUUUCUUGCCAGCAAAUACAAGGAUUUGACUAAGUUCCAAGAUGAAGCGAUGAACAUUCCUCUUGCUGGGAUUGAAGCCAUCCUAUGGAGCAAUGAUCUUCAGGUGGCAUCAGAGGAUGCUAUCUACGAUUUUGUGAUCAAGUGGGCACGUGCUCAAUACCCAAAAUUGGAGGAAAGGCGUGAGAUCUUGGCCACUCACUUGCUGCCCCUUGUUCGGUUCUGCUAUAUGACCUGCAGGAAGUUGCGGAAGGUCCUUGCAUGCAAUGAUCUGGAUCACGAGCAAGCAACUAAAUGCGUCACAGAGGCACUUCUUUACAAAGCUGAUGCACCACAUCGGCAGCGUGCCCUUGCUGCUGAUGUGACGACCUGUCGGAAAUAUGCUGAACGAGCUUACAAAUAUCGUCCACUUAAGGUGGUGGAGUUUGAUCGACCAUAUCCACAGUGCAUAGCGUACUUGGAUCUUAAGCGAGAGGAGUGCAGCCGACUUCAUCCAUCUGGACGGAUAUACUCGCAAGCAUUCCAUCUAGCUGGACAGGGUUUCUUCCUCUCAGCACACUGUAACAUGGAUCAGCAAAGCUCGUUCUAUUGCUUUGGUCUCUUCCUAGGGAUGCAAGAGAAAGGUUCAACAAGUGUUACCGUAGAUUAUGAAUUUGCUGCAAGGACAAGGCCAUCAGGCGAGUUUGUCAGCAAAUACAAGGGCUACUAUACCUUCACAGGUGGGAAGGCGGUUGGGUACCGGAAUCUCUUUGCUAUUCCAUGGCCAUCGUUUAUGGCUGAUGACAGCCUCUUCUUCAUUGAUGGAGUACUACAUCUGAGAGCCGAAUUGACUAUAAAGCAACCCUAGACAGCCAGUUGUUACUAACUGCACUUUGUGUUGUGGUGUCCAAAUCCGUGAAAUUACAAGGUGCAGUGUGAAAAAUCUAAUGUGAUUCAGACGUAUGUUUUUUUUACUCGCAUCUAGAUAGACAAUUUGAAAACGAGAACUGAAAUCCUUUUUGUUUUUACACCAAAAGAGGAUCGUGUCAUGUUCUGCACUGGCAUUGAACUGUGAAAAAUAACUCCGCUAAUAGAAGUGAUGAUGUAUUGGCUACCUUGGCUAAGAACUUGAGAUAUAGUCA